AUGGCCCAUUUCUUCUUUGGCGGAGGCAAACCCUCGAAGCCAAAGUCAGAUGAAGCUAGUGAUUUGGAUGAUGAAAAAAAUGAUGAAAUAGAAACUCCUAAACAGUAUGCUAAAGAAAAAGCAGUCAAAGUUAAGAAUGAUGAAAAUGAAGAAAGUGAAACUCAGAUGAAUACUAGAUUGAAUGCGAUGAUGUUUCACGUAAGUAACGACAGUGUGGAUUCGUACAAACAAGAAAAUACGUCGCUGGAUUUAUUAGGUAGACUAUAUUACGAUGAUUACGACUCUGAUUCGGUAAGUUCAGCAUCAGAACUUCCGAGCCCCAUUGCAAGUCCUUCCAUCAGUACUCUGGACCAUUUGAAAGUCAAGUCUUUAUCCAAUACCAAUAUCAAUGCGGCAUUUAGAGCCCAAACUUCUCCCUUAGUGUCGAGAUCGUCGUCGUCGUCGCGUCUUUCCAAUUUGAAUACCAGACCUCAACUACCUCAUCUUAAAUCUUUGGAAAGAGGCAUUUCCUUUGAUACUUCCACUCAUGAUCAUCAUAAAACUUAUACUUGUAAAUUGAAGCAUCCCCAGUUUAAGUUUCGACGCAACAAUAAACUGUUUCUUGUGGGGUUUAAUAAUGACCAAGAAUCUUUGAAAGCAAUCGAAUGGCUAUUCGAUGAAAUGGUCAUCAAUGGAGACACUCUCAUCAUUCUACAAGUAUUGGAUGAAAAACGAUUCGAUCAUAUCGACAAGUCAAAGGCGAAAAAAAUCUUGAAUUCAAUUGAAACUCUAAACUCUCAUAAAAAGAAAGUUGCAGUGGUUUUUGAAACCGCCAUUGGCAAACCUCAAAAAUUAUUGAAAAAGGCAAUUGAAGAAUAUGGUCCCGCAAUGAUGGUGGUGGGUACCCAUCAUUAUGAUGAUCGUAAUACCCGGAAAUCGUUCCUAUCCAAGUCUUCAAUCUCAAAACACUUUUUGGAAUGUGCUCUUGUUCCAGUGAUUGUGGUUAAACCAAGUUAUCAGUACGUUGAAAUCUUAACCAAUCCAAUUGCCCUGGAAAGCUAUUUUCAAGAUUGGUUAGCGGAAAUCGACCUUUACCCCACUUACAAUCCAAAUAAAAAGAAGAAACAUAAAUUUUUAAGUCCUUCUUCUUCAAGAUCGGGCUCUUCUACAAACCUUCCUGCCCAAGAAAGACAAUUGAAUACUUUAUCUCCAACAAAUACUUUGCAAGGCCAUAAACACUCCAAUUCAAACUCCCAAGUAUAUUCAAAGAAUAUAAAGCCCCCUUCAUCCUCUCAUCCUGAUAAACCUAGUGAACCUGAAGACCGGGGACGCAAAUCUGAAAAACCUGCUUCUGAUUCAGACGAAUUCGACUUUACUCCUUACAACAAAUCCCGUUCAACCUCUCGCUCCAACUCUCGCUCCAACUCUUCCUCCAGGUUAUCAAGAUUCUUCGGUAAACUGGACUGA